UCGAGUCACCGGGAUGAAUCAAACCCCUCUCACUAGACUCACACGAGUCGGUAAGAGGUGCUCUCACAUCGUCAAACAAAACCGCCUCGGCGUUUCAUGCUAGCCUCAUCUGACACCUGUGGUGUUUGUCCCUACACAUUCGGAAAUGAAUGUUUAAUUUUUUUUUAAGUUGGUUUGCCAACCGCCAUUAAACACUAGAAGAAGAAGAAGAAGAAGAAGAAUGUUUGAUUUUUCAUCAUAUACGUCUUAUUCCACCCUAAUUUCUCAACGUGCGUGUCGUACUGAAUGAUGGACAACGGAAAGAGAUUGAUCAGUGUUAAAAGGGCCUUUUGAAAGGCUCUUCAGGGCACAGAUUAAAGUCCAGCAUGAUCUGCAGCAUUUCUGGAUACUAAAUGAAGAAGAGAACCUCAAGAAUUUCAGAGAUUCAUGACCAGAAGCAAGCAGUACCAUCAUGGGAUGCGGCACAUCCAUUGCCGUUGAGAACCAAACACGUCCCUCGGAAACGGAUGGCUCCAUCAAGCAGCCCAGCCCAGCUCUGACCAUAAAAGCUGCCAUACUCAUCCAGCGUUGGUACAGACGCUAUGUUGCUCGCCUGGAGAUGAGAAGACGCUAUACAUGGAACAUCUUUCAGUCCAUUGAGUAUGCAGGGGAACAGGACCAGCUACAGCUCUCCAGUUUCUUCAGUUUCAUGUUGGACAACUUCACACAGAUAAAUGGGAAUGGACCAGACUUGAUCUCUCACCUCCUGGACUCUGUGGUUGACCCUUUAACUGAAGAGGUCAGGCAGUUGAAGCACGAGCAGAUUGUCGUGCCAGAGUCGUACAGCGGCCCUCGUCUCUCCUUCCCGCUGAGCGUGACUGAUACCAAUGCCCUGCUCAGUGCCUUUAAAGAGGAGCAGACUCUUCAUGGGAAAUAUGUGCUGCAGUUACUAUAUGAAACAAAGAAGUUUUUGAAACAGAUGCCAAACGUCAUAUACCUGUCGACAUCCUAUGCCAAAGAGAUAACUAUCUGUGGCGAUCUGCAUGGUAGCCUGGAUGACUUACUGCUUAUAUUUUACAAGAACGGUCUGCCCUCUGCUGAGAACCCCUACGUAUUCAAUGGAGACUUUGUGGAUCGAGGAAAGAAAUCUACAGAGAUUAUCAUCAUUCUGUUUGCCUUCCUACUGCUCUACCCCGACCACAUGCAUCUGAACAGAGGCAACCAUGAGGACCACAUCAUGAACCUCAGAUACGGAUUCACAAAAGAAGUCAUGCAGAAGUACAAGACUCAUGGCAGGGAAAUCCUUCAGCUUCUUCAGGAUGUGUUCAGCCUGCUUCCUCUUGCAACUGUCAUUGACAACAAAGUCCUUAUUGUUCAUGGUGGCAUAUCGGACAAAACUGAUCUGGACUUUCUAAGCACUGUUGAAAGGCAUAAAGUGAAGUCUGCUCUCAGGUUGCCCAAACGCAGCAUUGAUCAUCUCAACGUUCACGCCUGCAGUCGCAGCAGCAGCAGACACAGCAGCAGAUCCAGGUUGGACAGCCCUCGCUCCUCAGGCCGCACCAGUCGCGCCUCCCGCAGGAGGAAGAAGCACUUCACCAAGCAGGGCAGCUGCUCCUCAUCUUCAUCCUCAUCUUCUUCCUCCUCAUCAUCCAUGUGCUCCCCCCGUGUCUCGUCGCGGAACACUCCACGUCGACCUCCUCCUUCCCCCAGUCUGCCGAGCCCCACAGAUGUGCUCCAAGUGCCCUUCUUGGACUCCUUCGUCUCCCUAGAGCCCCCUGAGCCACCCCGAGAAGAACUGGAAUGGCAGCAAGUUGUCGAUAUCCUUUGGAGUGACCCUAAAAGUCAAAAUGGCUGCAGUCCGAACUCUUUCCGUGGUGGAGGCUCUUACUUCGGGCCGGAUGUUACCCAGACGCUGCUGCAGAAACACGGCCUCUGUCUGCUUAUCAGGUCACAUGAGUGCAAACAGGAGGGCUAUGAGCUCUGCCACAAUGGUCAGGUUAUCACUAUUUUCUCUGCAUCUAACUACUAUGAAGAGGGCAGUAACCGUGGAGCGUAUGUCAAACUGGGGCCUGAACUCGUCCCACGCUUCUUCCAGUAUCAAGUCAGUCGAAGCACCAGAAAACUCACCCUCCAUCAGAGGGUUCGUGUAGCAGAAGGUUCAGCACUCAGGGCUCUGAAAGAGAAGCUGUAUGCUCAACGAUCUGAGCUGAUGGCUGCCUUUCAACAGUAUGACAUAGACAACACAGGCCGCAUCUCCACUAGCGAGUGGGCUCAGGUGGUGGAGUCUGUUCUGCGAUUGGAUCUGCCGUGGAGAACCCUGCGCCAACGCCUGGCCCGUCUUGGUGCGGAUGGCAAUGUGGAGUACGCAUCCUGUUUCGAAGACAUCAGCCCUGGAGAGCCUAUCCCUCCGGUAACACCAAACUUGGCUGAAACUCUUUAUAGGUAUAGGACUGACCUAGAGAUAAUAUUUAACAUCAUUGAUAAGGAUCACUCAGGUCAGAUUUCCAUCGACGAGUUUCGUCAGACCUGGAAGCUCUUCAGUUCUCAUUUGGGCGUCGCUGUGAAUGACCAGGCGAUAGACGACAUGGCUCGAAGCAUAGACUUUAACAAAGAUGGCAGCAUUGAUUUUAAUGAGUUCCUGGAGGCUUUCAGGGUGGUGCAUAAACUAGAUGUCAAAGAGCAGCAGCAGGGUUAAUUCUGCAUGAUUGGAUCACAGACAAGACAGAAUUCCAUAUCAUUUUUGGCACUUCAUCUUUUUUUUUUCUUCUUUUUUUUUUAACAUCUCAUGGACACAAUAAGCAGUUACUCAUAGUACAUCAUUUUACAUCACUUUCCAGGAUUUGCAUUUUUCAUUAAGACUCCACUCUCUAGAGUUCAGUUUUCCUGAGUGAUCUUCAUCUUCAUCUCAGGAUUUCAGCAGCCUCUUUUAUACGGUGGAAUUUGCUCAAUCAUGCUAGGUUGGAGAGGUCCACUGCUGUGUGUAUUUUUGUCCCAGUUCUGGACACUAACUCCAGGUGUUGCUGAUAAAGGCUGCAGUGGUUUCGGGCACUUGGAAAAUGGCCGUAUGUUUUUCCGGUAUGGAGGAUUGUAUGUUACCUUCACCUGUAAUCCAGGAUUCCGGAUCCACGGUUACCGUACGAGCAGCUGUGUGGCUGGACAGUGGGCCAGAGACCCUCCGCUGUGUGUGGCAUCAGGAUGCCCCAGCCCUGGUGAUCUCAUGCAUGGCAGUACUAAGGUGUCUGAAGACAGAUCUCUGGCCUUCUUUAGCUGUGAUGCUGGAUUUAGUUUGUUUGGAUAUGCGCUGCUUUACUGCAAAGGGAAAAGCUGGAACGGCACUAAGCCUGUCUGCAAAGUGGCUGAUAUCAUGAGUGUUCUUCAUUCGAAGCAAGAACCAUUACAUGGUCCUGUCUCAGCGCAGGGCCGUGAUGUUCCUAAAAAUCUAAAAGUUCACUUACAUAGCCAUUUAAACACCCUCGCAAUCACUGCUCCCAAGGAUGCUUUUCUCAGAUCAACAUUGCUUGGGGUCCCUCACAUCAGACUUGACUUUACAGAUGACAAGCAGAAAAAUAUUAGAAAACCAGUAGAGAAAAAGCCCUCAAAGAGUCUAUUGUUUGACAAAACACGAGAUAGCGGAAGGGCUGAGCCAAUCAUCAACCCUGAGAACUUCAAGGAUCCAAUCAGGAACUCCAAUCUUCAGAAACCUGUACCUACUGAUGUCAACACAAUCUCAUUAGCCAGUUCUUUUCAUGAAUCCUCAUUUUUAACCUCCACUCCAACCAGCUUCGUUACUCCAGUGAUGGACACUCAGCAAAUCAAUAUCAUGGAUCAGACAAUUAGUGCCACACCAUACAGAAAUAGAAAUAUAGAAAGUUAUGAGUCCACGCUUGGUACAGACAAACUAUUUCAAAGAGCCUCAGUCACUUCAGCUGCUGAGGAUUUACCAGAAUACAUUGAAAAUCAUUCACAUUGGACAUCAACUACACCUGCACCAAACAUCAACACAUUGGGCACAAAUGACCUUCUACAGUCAAGGACUUUCAUCACAGAAGAUCCAUAUGCAGCCACCACUGAGAGUUUUGCACCUCCAACAACAAGCUAUCCUGGUUUUAUGGUGUUGAAACAUGAGUCUGUUUCCUCUACGCCCUAUCUAGAGUCUACCGCUCCAUCUUCCUGCAGAGAACUCUGUGAACAAAAACCAGACCAUCAGGAAUCAUCUCCAACACUAGAUCCCAUUGAACAUACAUCAUCUAGCAUGGCGGUCUUGACGACAGCUUCCCACCUAAAGUCUGGCCUGCUUCUGAAGGCUCCAACAGGCGUCCACCACUUCACUGGCAUUACUGAUGAUCAUCAAGUAAAAGAAAGAAUCAAUCAGAGUGACCCCAAACAAACAUUUAGUCCUCCAGCAUGGCAAGAUCUUCCAAGAUUUCCAACCAGGAAACGUCCAGUGUGUCCCUACCCUCCGUUUCCUUCUCACGGAACAUUCUACUUUCGGUCGAUAAAGAAUCCUGGCCCAGAUCAGUAUAAGCAUUACAUUCAAUAUGCCUGUUACCCUGGAUACACCUUGACCAAUGGUGAUGUUUACAGCUAUUGCCAACACAAUGGACAAUGGAGUGGCCAAACACCUCUCUGCUUAGAGUUAACUCCUUGCAACCUAAACAAUGGAGGAUGCUCUCAGAUCUGUCAUGUCAAUGAACAGAAUCGUGCCCAGUGUCUCUGUAAACCAGGGUUUCUACUUCUUGAGGACCAGCGCACCUGUCGAGAUCUGGACGAGUGUGUGGAGGAGUUGCACCUGUGCCAGCAGGUCUGUGAAAACACCUUGGGCUCCUACAGGUGCAGUUGCAGUCCAGGGUUUCAGCUCUCUCCAGACGGGACAUCCUGCUCUGAUGUAGAUGAGUGCCAGAAUGUUGGUAGGAUUCUCUGUCCAUUAGGUUGCAUUAAUACACCAGGCAGUUUCCAGUGCUUGUGUCCCAAAGGGUACCAACUGGACAGCACCAACAGACAUUGCGUAGACAUUAAUGAGUGUGAGGAAACAGAGGUCCUCCAGCAACAACGGUUGCACACGUGCGAGUGGAAGUGUAUGAAUCUGCCAGGUACUUACAGAUGUAUCUGUCCUCGUGGAUACAGACUGGACCCUAAUGGACACCAUUGUGAAGAUGUCAAUGAGUGUGAACUGAAGAACGGCAGCUGUUCUCACCUCUGCAUCAACCACAGAGGUGGAUUCAAAUGUGCCUGUCCAGAAACACACCGAAUAUCCCCAUACAACCGAAAAAACUGCCAGCCAGUAGACACAAACACCAGCUCCUCGCACUGAAGAGGACUGAUCUCAUUUAUUUUUCUUGUUUUGUAUAUCGUAUUUAAUAAUCGUGUAUAUUUAAUACAAAGUGUUUUGUAUUUAUGCACCCACAUGUAUGAAUAAACUAAGAAAAUAUAUAUUUUUAGGAA